AUGUGCAAGCUUUUAAAAAGCCAAACAGCCUUGUACAUGCGUCCUUGCCGCCCAUCGAGACAGGAAGAUGGCAUCCCCCCGAGCCGCGCUUCCUCUGAGCAGCACCCAGCCCUCAGCCAUGGUUUUGAGGUCCCUGCCACUGAGGCUUUAAACUCAGACUUCCUGGCGGAUGCUGGCAUUCUUGGACAACGUUUUCAGAUCGAACUCCACUCCGACGGAAAGUCCGGAGCCAAACAUUUGAGAGUUUGGAACCAAGAGCACUUGGCAAGUGGAAAGCGUGCCAGGGGUUUCAUUUUCAGAGCCAUCUUGCACAUCCAGGCAGCCAGUGAGACCAUGUGA